CCUCCUCCCCAUAUAUUCUAAAUUUAUAUACUUUAACUGUAAAAUUUUCUUAUAUAUUCUAGGUCAAUGUUUUCUUUAUUCUUGAUCAAAAAAAUUCCUAUAUUAUUCUUAAGUAUUCUUUUUGGAAGAUUUUUCUUCUUACGUAUUCUUUUCUGAAGAUUUUUCUUCUUCAUAUUCUAAUGUAAUUUCUUCAGAGUGGCACGGAGGCCAUUAUUUAAAUAAAAUUUGAAUUCAUUUAACCCAUUUGUGAGCUGGUCUUAGACAAAGGGUAAUGAUGUAAACAUGCAAACUUGAAUCUAUUAAGAUGCUUUGUACUGAGUUGGGAUGAAACUAUCCCAGUGAUUCUAAAGAAGAUGAAAAUGUGAAGAGCUGAAAAUGUGAAGAAUCUGAAAAUGUGAAGAGCUGAAAAUGUGAAGAGUAAAAAUGUGAUGAUGCUGAAAAUGUGAAGAAUCUGAAAAUGUGAAGAGCUGAAAAUGUGCAAAGUUAACAACUCUCUGUUGUUUGAAUUUGUACACCCCCAUACAAUGCCAUUUUUACGUAUUUAUGUAUAUAUAUUGUAACUGAUGUGAUAAGACACAUGUCUUAAGCAAUAAAGAGAGUAACAAGGUAUUGAUUUUUUUCAGAAUAAUUAUAUUACCCAGAAAGCAAUUAAAUUUUGAUUUCAGCUGUAGUGCAUGUUAGUUAGUAAAUAAGUACAUUAAUUUUUAAAUGUUCUUGCAGAGUGAGGCACUAACUCAGCUAGGGUAAUAAGUCUUCAUUUCAAGAAAGUUUUUUUUUUACUGUUUUACACCUAAUACUGUUUUACACUUGAUAAGCUUUGAGUAUAACCUUAUUAAUGAUAUGUUUUCAGUGUUUAUUUGAUUUUUUGUUUUAUUUUAUUUGAAUUGAAGAAUUACCGAGUUAUGUAGACAUCAUGCACUACAGCUGAAAUCAAAAUUUAAUUGCUUUCUGGGUAAUAUAAUUAUUUUGAAAUAAAUUAAUACUUUGUUGAGUAUAUAUAAGAACAACUCGACGAUAUAGACAAGGUAAAAAUUUGAAUAAAAAAAGAUUAUUUGAGCAAAAGGGGAUAUUUUCUAAAGAAAUUAAAUUCUGUUCCUAUUUAUUUUCAAAGAAAAGUUGGAUAAAUUAUAUAGUUUUUUUAUCCACUGAACAAUACAGAAUGGCUAAGACUACCCUAUAGAGAUGCGUCGGUUUUCUUUGAGCUUAUCUUUACCUUAAUUCACACUUGUGGUGCUCUAAAUUUAUCUCAAAAUGUUUCUAGAAUUUGUAUUUUUUAAAAAUUACAAAUACAUGCAAAUUUCCCCACUUUGUAUUAUAUCAGAGGUGAAGUCUUUUAGUAACUUUUUAAAAAUACAUUGUAGUAUUGUUGUAAAAUUAUCUCUUAUAGUUUUUCAUUCAACCUUAAGUUAAUUAAAAUCUUUUGAAAUUUCUGAAUACUAUGAGUACAUGUAUAUCUGACAAUGAAAAUCCUCAAUAAACAUAAAAAUUCUCUAAUGAUUUUACUAUAAUAGAUGUCAUGAAAACAUCACACUCAAAUUCACUAAAUUUCUGCCAUGAUUUCAGAUGAAUGAUAGAGUUCAAAAAUGCCAAUAAAUCCAGGUUAAAACCUUCCGUACAAAUGGCCGUUAAUUUGUAUUAAAGUUAUCAGACCAAACUUAACAGAUUAACAAACUAACAAAGAGUGGGGGUAAAUAAACGGGGUCCACUAAAACCCUAGAUAUACUGAACAAACAGGAACCAAUUCUUGUCGGUUGAUUAUUCAUGCUUUUCAUGACAGCUGUAAAAGACAGUUAUCUCCCCUGAUGAUUAACAUACGAAAACGUGGCUCAUUUAUAUCCAGUUUGAUUUACUAAACACGUCAUGUGAGGUUGUAAAAUGGCAUUUUGGUUGCCUGAACUGUGAUCUUUUGCCAGAUUACCUUUGCACUUGCUACUUGUAAGGAGAACACCCAUUCUUGCGUAAUAAUAACAGAUGCAUGCUACAUGUGAAAAUGCAAAAAGACCUACAAAAUUUUGUUGUGCUUUGCUAAAUAAUUGUGAAGAACAUCCGAUAUGCUUCACUGGAAAGAAGUGAUUGUAUUUUAUGUAGCAUUACUAGUGGUUCUUAUAGAGGGUACACUUAAAAGAGACAACACCCUCUGUCCAAGGAAAUGUAUUCUGUGCGAAAAAAAUGACACGUCAUGGGACAUCUUGGGGGCCGUCUGUGAAGACGUAAGUAUUAGUGAACUUGCUGGACCGGUGAAACACGUGCACAUUUAUGAUGGGACACCUGACAAGAUCCCCAGCGGCAUUCUCAAAGAUUUCCUAUUUCUUGGAAUUGAGGAUUUAACAUUUCUAAAAAUUCAAAAUUACGGGUUGCAAUUCAUUUGGGGAUCCCCUUUUAUAAACAACACACACUUGGAGAUCCUUGAUCUGGCUGAGAAUGAAAUAUCAGUUAUAUCGGCAGAAUCCUUUUCCGGUCCAACUGACCUACGUGUGCUGAUCCUGUCUAAAAAUAACAUCUCGGACAUCCCAGACGAUACAUUUAACGAACUGAAAAGUCUCACCAAUCUCAACCUGUCAUUCAAUCAUCUUGACAGUAUUAGUUCCAAACUGUUUGAUGACCUGCCUAAACUGAUAGACUUAGAUUUAUCACACAAUAAAAUUGAUUCCCUGAACCAAGAUGUCAUGAGAGACCUUAUAACAAUAGAAAGAUUAAAACUGGGCUACAAUCAAUGGCUCUCAGUGCCUCCUCAGCUUUUUACCGGCCUUCCACACCUGUACUUUCUCAGCUUGGAAGGAAAUGAUUUAACGACCCUUUCCGAGAGUGAUUUCGCUGGGACGAGUGUGACUGUUAUAAACUUAUCCAAUAAUAACUUCAGCGAAAUUCCCACCAAGGCAUUGGAAAAGCUAUCCAAGGUAGAUCUUAUAUUUAACAUUAGUGGAAAUCAUAUCGAAAAACUUAGUUACCUUGGUAACAUAACGGUAGACACUUUAGAUCUUAGUGGCAAUGGAAUCAAAGAGAUAAACCCCAAUAUUUUCUUUAAUUCUUUCAUUACAACUCUUGACCUGCAUAAUAAUGGACUCCGGUCACUUCCUCAAUCUAUGGAGCUGUACCUCAGGCUGAUGGGAACCCGAGAAGUACUGCUCUACGAUAAUCCGUGGAACUGUAACUGUGAACUAAAAUGGCUCACACAGUAUCUCCGAUUUCAUUACUCCAGACAUGAGCCUGUUUGCAAGACUCCUCCUAAAUAUGCAGGCAGAAAGCUAUUUUCAAUCAGCAGAGAUCUAACAAGAGACUGUUUGCAUUCUACCACCACUACAAUCACUGUGACUUCUAUGACCGCACCUAAAACAAAACCUGUAAGUUCCACAGCACAAACAAACACCAAACUGACCCCGACUUCAAAAUUUGUCCCAUUCACUGAGAGCACAGUAACAACUUCAGCCACAUCCAGUUCUACUAUGAACUUUUCCAUCAUUACUUCAGCUUCCGAUAAAACAUCUACCUCCACUGAAACUUCAACAAUACUGACUACUUCACUGAACGUUGUACCUACAAAUUCUGUAAAUCAGAACACCUCGCAAGAAGUCGAUUUUUCUUCCGUGACAUUAACCACUACAACAGAAGCUACUACAAAUACCACCUCACUUCUAAAUACCACUUCCAAAUUCUCAGUCAGUCAAGGAAACCAAACGGGUGAAUCUUCUACGACUCCCAACACACAACAAACCAUGGAACAUUCCACAUCAUUCCAACCAUCAUCAACACAGAAAAAUGGGGUUACAUACCCACAGACACAAUCCACCACCACUGGAAACCUAGCAUCCAUGGAGCAGACAAGCGAGAUACCAAACACAAAUAAACCUACCCCAGAAAGAACCGAAACUGACACUUCAUCAUCAGAAAUGUCCACUACAGAAGCAUUAUCUCCAACCAAUGGGCACACUUCAACCACGGGUUAUCCCACCAGAUCAGGAGAGACUUCAGAAAUCCCUGGUACUUCUGAAACAAUGCCAUCAAGUGAAACUACAGAAAAAACUUCUGAACUUUAUUUCACAGAUUUUUCAUCAUCUUCUAAAUCCUAUACAGACUUCACAACAGAGUCUACAACACACAGUGAUUCCACAACUUCUCAUGCAACAAACCAACCUUUCACAAAACCAGAGACGACAAAUCAGAAUUUCAAAACUUCAGAGGCUGCAAACCAAGACUUCACAAGUGAGAAAAACCAGAAUUCCACAGCUUUUGAGACAACAAAGCAGGAUUUGGCAACAAACCAAUAUGUUACCACCUCUAUUCCAGUGCCUGCUCCAUCAACAACUGAAUCGGACUUGGGCAGCAGUGAAAAUUAUCCAGAGUCAACAACUGAAGUUUUUCUAACAGAAAUAAGAGAACAAAGCAACAUUCCAGACAGCACCACAUCCUCAUCUUCCAAUCAAGGUAACAAAUCACAGGACACAACAUACAACCAGUGGCAGACGGCAACAGGAAGUGAGAGACAAACAGAAUCUGCAACAACACAACCAGAAACAACGAUAAACCAAAAUACUGAAAAAUCUGAAAUGACAACAAACCAAAGCACUGAACAAACAGAAACCACCUACAACCCAAAUCUUAAACGCAAUGAGACAACUGCAACCCCAAAUCUUAAACACAAUGAGACAACUGCAACCCCAAAUCCAACAACAAUAAACGAGAAUCUGACAAACACAGAGUCUACAACAAGCACUCCCCUAGUACAGUCAUCAAUGGAAACAGCAGAUGUCUCGGAAACAGUACGCGAGACGACAGCCGAGAGUAUAACACGACCCGAAACAACAACUACACAGACCACAUCGAGUGAAACUGUGGCACACCAGGAGUCUACUACCUUAGCAUAUACAGAGGUUAUCUCCCCAUUUCCUUUCUCUGGGCAAACUGAAACAACAAAUGACGUUAAUACACUCACUGGAGAAAAGUCUGAGUUCACUACACGCCCAACUUACACAGAACAGGCGACAACUGACUUUGAAACAACUACACAGGAAAACAAAUCAACAACAACACAGGUGCAAUACGAAAAUACCACUGAGAAAAACGCAACAGGACAAACAGCAACAAUUACGAGUUUGGACUUUACAUCGACAGUUCAGACGCCAACUCCCACAACUCAAACUUCAGAAACUCACUAUUCAUUGAGUCCAAGUACAGAAUCUAGCUAUGAAAGCACAACAGUAGCAGAUCAUGGCAAUACUCCAUCAGAAUCCACCUCUCAAACUUCCCACCUCACGACUCUUGCAGCACUGUACACUCACAGUGAAACUCAGACAGUGGAAUCAGGUGCAUCGACGGAUGUUCCAACAACUGUUGGCUCUGAUCAAACCUCAACCCUAAAUCCAUAUCCUACAGGAACAUCCACCUCAUCUUCUAAUGAAAAUGAAAGUACCCUACCAACGAAUGAAUACACAACAGCAGGUGGAACCAUGGGAUCCAUCACCACUGCAAAUAAGUUACCUCCUAGAUCAACAUCAGUUGAAACAAGAACUGACAACCCAUCUCCUACCAUUUUGCCAUCAGAGUAUGCAUCCACAUCACCUUUCACAUCAAACACAAACACUUCCUUUAGUCCAAGUUUCAGUGAAACAACAACACACGUGAGAACAACUACCAGUCAUUUAACAGUCACUCCAUCCACCGACAACAGCAAUCCCCACCAUGUGAUCAAUCAAACGUCAACAGAAAAUAUCAUGCAAUCAACAGAAACCGUGACGACAACAGUCACCACGCCAACAGAAAAAACAAAUAAACAAACACAGGAAAGAACAACCCCAACAUCAACAACUAAAACAGUGCAGUCUUCAGAAAGAUCUCACGUCACCACUAAGGUGCAGAGUUCUAAUGUCCUAGGGACCACUCAACAACUUAGCACUAACUCGGAAGCACAUUCCACAGCAGCAUCUUCAAAUGAGCCACUUCACUCCACCAGUGUGAGCAACCCCAGAAAUUCCACCAAUCAGGGCGCUGCUCAGAAAACCCACUCUGACUCCAACGACACCAGCAUUGUGGCAAUUGUGGUCCCAGUUCUUGCUCUGCUAAUUGUUAGCUGUUUGGGAUUUUUGAUUUUUGCUGGAAUCAAACGGAAUCUGAUGAACAAAAUAACUGACAAGAUUUUGUGUUCCAAUGAGGAGGACUUUUUCAUGCCUAUCAAGGAAUUUGAUCAGGCCAAGCCAUUUUUCAACAGAAAAGUUACAAGUGAUUACAGUGUUUUUGUGACAGACAAUUGUGACUUCUAUGAGAAAAAAUGAUUUUUGAAAACUGUUUUCAAUCUAAAAAAAGCUUGUAAAUAAUAUGUAAAUAAUUUAUCUGCUUGAUAGUUAGAUACAGAAAAGAGAAGGGAACUCAUAUGGCAUUUCAGUAUGCAGAAAUUAUAUCAUGUUUAAGAAUAUAAAUGUUUGAGUGAUUGAUGCUGCUGAAAAUCUUACUACAUUUAUUUACCUACCGAUAUCAAUAAUAAUUCCUUUUUUGUAAUGGUUGAUUUCAAUAUUAUCUUACAGGGCCCUAGAUUUUCACAGACCCCUUUUCUAAUGAUGAAAAUGGAGGUGUGUUGUUCUCAAUAAAUUGCAAACAAUUUUGGUAAACAAAAUCUUAAUCUAAGGUCAUUUCACAUAAAUAAUCUUAUAAUAUUCUAACCAUUACAGCUACAGUCUGAAUAUAAAUCAUUUAACGAUAAAAUUUUAUUCCCAACUUUGUGUCACUUACACAGCAUAAGCACACGUAAAGAUUACUCUGUCCAUCAUCCUUUCAUCCUAUGACAACUAGAACUUUUUCUAAAUGUAGGACCUUGCUGUGUG